UGACUAGAAAUAGAUAAUCCCGGAUUUUCUCGUGAGAUGUAAUAUGGUGUCCACGAACCAGGAAGUGUACAAAAUUUAUUAAAAAUCGUCGAAAAAGAAAAUGGGAAGGAAAAAUGCUGCGAAAGAAUCUCCAAGAAAGCAGGUUGUAGGGAUAGAUAAAAACAAUGUGCCAGUUGUAAAUGGAGCCAAGGAAGCACAGAGAGAAUUCCAGGAUGGUAAUUUAGCAGCAGAGCUACCAUGGUUUGAAUCCUGGUUUUACAUAAUAGCAUGGAGCUCCAUAGUGGCAUAUAUGAUGUGGUCUGUCUUUCUAGUCUCUCGAGAACAUGCGGAGGAGUUUAACUAUUAUGACAUGGAACCAGGCUGGUGGUUCAUGGGAGGAUAUAGAAGAGAUAUAAGCAACUUUGAAUGGGAGUUCUGGACUGGUUGGUUCUUUGAGAUUUAUCCAUGGCUCAUUGGACAUAUCAUAGUUGCAAGACUUACAGAAUAUCUAUGCCCAAAUUGGAGGAAGUACACAUUUCUACUGUACGGAGUUGUAGCAGUAGGGAUCAUUAUUGGAUCAAAACCUCUAGUGAUAAUCCUCAGUCACUUAAUUGUGAUCUAUCUAGCUGCUAUGACUGGGUCAGCUGUUGUCGUAUGGAUAGCAGCUGUGCUUCUCCUUGCUACACUCAACCAUGAUCAAAUUGGUUCUUGGAUGAAAGAGUUAUACUCAGAUGACCCCUAUCAGAAACAGUACUACCUCCUUCUAUUUAGUCUUGCCAUAUGCAACCUAAGAUACAUCAGCUUCGCCCUCAUAAAGUGUCAACAAGAUGGACGACAAAUCCAAGAUGGCCGACAAAACCAAGAUGGCCAACCAGAUGACCUUGAGUCUUUAUGGUUGUUAAAGACAAACUUUACUGAUCUACUGCUGUAUAACUUUUAUAUUCCACUGUAUUUUACUGGACCCAUUCUUACAUAUGACUUAUUUCAAAAACAGUUCAAUAAGCCCUUAAAACCAUGGAGCAAAGAAAAGUUGUUACCAAUCUUAAAAGAUGGAGCUCGUGUUGUAUUUUGGGGCAUAUUCUACCAUAUAUCAUCACACCUUCUUUAUAUCAAUGCCUUACACCAAAAAGUGACAUUGAUGGGUCAAAUACCUCUAUGGGCAUUAGUGGGCACAGGUGUUCUUCAUGGUGUAUACUUCCAAGUGAAAUAUGUACCCAUGUUCGGCAUUCCUGCGAAUCUCUCCAAAUUCGAUCAGUUUGAUCCACCACUGGGUCCUAAAUGUGUCUUAAGGAUUUACUAUUAUUCAGAUAUGUGGAAAUAUUUUGAUAGAGGGCUAUACAAUUUUUUAAAAAUACAUAUUUACAUUCCAAUGGGUGGAUCAAAGAAAGGCGUAUUGAGACAACUACUUGGGUCAAUAGUGUGUUUUAGCUUUAUAUACUACUGGCAUGGGGCAGAGAAGCACUUGGCCAUAUGGGCCUUCCUCAACUUUAUAGGUAUCACCAUAGAGACAUUAGGAAAGUUGUUCUCGAAACUGCAAUCUGUGGUGCAAUUUAGGGAGUCCCAUAUUUCGAAAACCAUGUACAGGAGGAUUCAGGCAUUGGCGAUAAUUCCACUAUGGGUCAUGAGCAUUGCUGCAAUUUUAUACUUCUUCGGUGGAAGUCGAUUGGGCUAUCUGUACUUUGAUAGGAUUAUUUUACAAGGUUGGCCAGUGACAAUAUUAACAAUAUAUCUAGGGCUUUACUUUGCUGGUCAAACUGCCUUUGAUAUUGAACGCUGGGAGGCAAGAAAACUCAAGGAGAAAACUCAGUGAAAAACUCUACUUAUACAUAAUGAUAAAAACGGACAUCAUGACAGCUGUAAUGUAGUUAUGCAAACUUACAUCAAGAUAUUCUGGAAAAUUGAUAUUUAAUGAAUGGUAGAGUGAAAACACCUAAUGCAGGACAUAUGCCUGGAACUGUAUUCGCUUUAAAUAUGGCUUGUAGGCUGGAGAAAAUUUAAGGAAACAAUUGAAAUCUUUUGUAUAAAACAUUUACAAAGAAGUUGCUGGAUUGAACAAUACAAUAUGUUAAAUCAGAUGAGUAAAUGCAUCUUAGACUUAACUGGGGAGAUAAGGACAUUCAAGAGAAAUCUCUUUAAAACUUUAUACAGACUUUUUUAAAUAUUAAAAUCCUAAAUCUAUGGUAAAAUGUUGUACUUAUGUGAAAAACUAUUUUGUUCAGUUUAUGAACACUUAUAAGUUACAACUGAUGCAUUAUGGGUCCCUUAUAUUUAAAAACUGAAUAAAAUUGAUGUAU